AUGGAUCAGUGUGAGGACAGAGAGGAGGGAGUCCCUCCCUCUAAAACCACUCUGUGUGGGGAAGAUGAGAGCCAGAGCAAAGGUCAGAGGAUCCAUCAGAGACUCAAACCAGAACCAGAACCCAGCUGUGUGUCCUUGAAGAGUGAUGAUUCAAUGGUUUAUCCCAUUGACUUUCCAUCAGAGAGAGUGGACCAGCAGAGCUCAGAGGUUUCCAGUGAUCCGUCUUCCCAGCAGCAUCAAACACAGCUGGACUCCAUAUUUAUGCUGCUGGAGGACAACAUUGUGACUUUUGUGAAGAAUGAGCUAAAGAAGGUAAAGAAGGUUCUGAAUCCAGAUUACCCAGAAUGCUCAGAGAGUCAGAGAGAAAAUGAUGAGGUGUUGACGGGUGAGAAUGAAAAGCAGAGGAGGAGCAGCAAAGAGGCAGUGAUGAAGAUUACACUGAACUUCCUGAGGAGGAUGAAGCAGGAGGAUCUUGCUGACCGUCUACAGAAAAUUUUUCUUGGAGUUUGUCAACAUCAACUUAAAUCUGGUCUGAAGAAGAAGUUCCAGUCUGUGUUUGAGGGGAUUGCUAAAGCAGGAAGUCCAACCCUUCUGAACCAGAUCUACACAGAGCUCUACAUCACAGAGGGAGGGACUGGAGAGGUCAAUGAUGAACAUGAGGUCAGACAGAUUGAAACAGCAUCCAGGAAACCACACAGACCAGAAACAAUAAUCAGACAAGAAGACAUCUUUAAAGUCCCACCUGGAAGAGAUCAACCAAUCAGAACAGUGAUGACAAAGGGAGUAGCUGGCAUUGGGAAAACAGUCUUAACACAGAAGUUCACUCUGGACUGGGCUGAAGAGAAAGCCCACCAGAAUAUCCAUUUCAUAUUUCCAUUCACCUUCAGAGAGCUGAAUGUGCUGAAAGAGAAAAAGUUCAGCUUGGUGGAACUUGUUCAUCACUUCUUUAGUGAAACCACAGAAAUCUGCAGCUUUGAACACUUCCAGGUUCUGUUCAUCUUUGAUGGCCUGGAUGAGAGUCGACUUCCUCUGGACUUCCACAACAAGGAGAUCCUGACUGAUGCUACAGAGUCCACCUCAGUGGAUGUUCUGCUGACAAACCUCAUCAGGGGAAAUCUGCUUCCCUCUGCUCUCCUCUGGAUAACCACACGACCUGCAGCAGCCAAUCAGAUCCCUCCUCAUUGUAUGGGCAUGGUGACAGAGGUCAGAGGGUUCAAUGACCCACAGAAAGAGGAGUACUUCAGGAAGAGAUUCAGAGAUGAGGAGCAGGCCAACAGGAUCAUCUCUCACAUGAAGACAUCACGAAGCCUCCACAUCAUGUGCCACAUCCCAGUCUUCUGCUGGAUCACUGCUACAGUUCUGGAGGAUGUGUUGAAUACCAGAGAGGGAGGAGAGCUGCCCAGCACCCUGACUGAGAUGUACAUCCACUUCCUGGUGGUUCAGACCAAAGUGAAGAAGGUCAAGUAUGAUGGAGGAGCUGAAACAGAUCCACACUGGAGUCCAGAGAGCAGGAAGAUGAUUGAGUCUCUGGGAAAACUGGCUUUUGAUCAGCUGCAGAAAGGAAACUUGAUCUUCUAUGAAUCAGACCUGACAGAGUGUGGCAUUGAUGUCAGAGCAGCCUCAGUGUACUCAGGAGUGUUCACACAGAUCUUUAAAGAGGAGAGAGGUCUGUACCAGGACAAGGUGUUCUGCUUCAUCCAUCUGAGUGUUCAGGAGUUUCUGGCUGCUCUUCAUGUUCAUCUGACCUUCAUCAACUCUGGUGUCAACCUGAUGAAAGAAACACAAACAUCUAGGAAGUCUUCAUUAUUUAAUAAACCUAAACUAAAGUCUCUCCAUCAGAGAGCUGUUAACCAGGCCUUACAGAGUCCAAAUGGACACCUGGACUUGUUCCUCCGCUUCCUCCUGGGACUUUCACUGCAGACCAAUCAGAGAUUCCUACAAGGUCUGCUGACACAGACAGGAAGUAGAACACAGACCAAUCAGAAAACAGUUCAGUACAUCAAGAAGAAGAUCAGUCAGAAUGUGUCUGCAGAGAAAAGCAUCAAUCUGUUCCACUGUCUGAAUGAACUGAAUGAUCGUUCUCUAGUGGAGGAGAUCCAACAGUCUCUGAGUUCAGGAAGUCUCUCCACAGAUAAACUGUCUCCUGCUCAGUGGUCAGCUCUGGGUUUCAUUUUAGUGUCAUCAGGAGAAGAUCUGGAUGUGUUUGACCUGAAGAAAUACUCUGCUUCAGAGGAGGUUCUUCUGAGGCUGCUGCCAGUGGUUAAAGCCUCCAACAAAGCUCUACUGAGUGACUGUAACCUCUCAGAGAGAAGCUGUGAAACUCUGUCCUCAGUUCUCAGCUCCCAGUCCUCCAGUCUCAGAGAACUGGACCUGAGUAACAACAACCUGCAGGAUUCAGGAGUGAAGCUUCUCUCUGCUGGACUGAAGAGUCCAAACUGCAACCUGGAAACUCUCAGCUUAUCAGGCUGUUUGGUCUCAGAGGAAGGCUGUGCUUCUCUGGCCUCAGCUCUGACCUCCAACCCCUCCCAUCUGAAAGAGUUGGACCUGAGCUACAAUCAUCCAGGAGACUCAGGAGUGAAGCUGCUGUCGGCUGGACUGAAGGAUCCACACUGGAGACUGGAAGCUCUCAGGGUGGAGCCUGCUGGAGGCCGAUUCUUGACACCAGGUCCAUGGAGAUAUUCCUGUCAACUCACCAUCGACACAAACACAGUGAGCAGAAAACUCAAACUGUCUGAAGACAACAGGAAGGUGACACAUGUGAAGGAGCUUCAGUCAUAUCCUGAUCAUCCAGACAGAUUUGAUUACUGGAAUCAGCUGCUGUGUAGAACUGGUCUGACUGGUCGCUGUUACUGGGAGGUUGAGUGGAGAGGAGAAGUUUAUAUAUCAGUGAGUUACAGAAGAAUCAGGAGGAAAGGAAACAGUAGAGACUGUUGGUUUGGAUGGAAUAAUCAUUCCUGGAGUCUGAGAUGCUCUGAUGGUGGUUACUCUGUCAGGCACAAUAACAGAGAAACUCGUCUCUCCUCCUCCUCUGUCUCUAACAGAGUAGCAGUGUAUGUGGACUGUCCUGCUGGCAUUCUGUCCUUCUACAGAGUUUCCUCUGACUCACUGAUCCUCCUUCACACCUUCAACACCACAUUCACUGAACCUCUGUUUCCUGGAUUUGGAUUCGGGUGGUCCAGUUAUGGUUCCUUGUCAGUUUUUCUGUGCUGAGUGGAGUGUAAAGAGUUUCCUCCUGUGAGAGAGAGACUCACUGUUGAACAGUGAGACACUAAACAGCCCUGCUGCUGAAAACCUGCUGUGGCCUCACUGUAAUAUCCAGAAAUACAAACAUUAAAAAGGAGAAGCUGCAUCACAUUCAACAAAGAGUUCAACAAGAAUCAAAGAUUUGAUCUCUGAGCUCAGACUCUACAAUCCAUUUGUCAGGUUCAACCUUAAAUUAGAUUAAAGAAGAGAGAGACAAAUUAAUUGGAUUUUACUCGCGAGGAGAGCAAGAGAGGAGCAUCUGAUUUUCACUGUCUCCAAACCCUCUCUGAGAAACCUCUCUUUCUUCUCCUCCUUUAUUCGCAUCAUGACAUUUACAUUGGCCAGCAGCUGUUAAAAGAGGUGAUAAAACAAAAACCCAGGUGCUAACACACAGUCGUAAUUCUUUCUACUCCAACAAAGAAGAUUCCUGUCUUUCCAUAUCUGAGGUCAUUUGACUGCUGUUCCUGAGACUCUCUGGGUUGUAAACAAAUGAUCUAUUCUUCCUGCCAGUCCAGCUGUUGCCCUGGUCAUCCGUUUCCAAUGUGAGGACAUCAAAGCAGUUUCUGUGCUUCUGGGUCACAACCUUUAAUCCUUUAGCCUUUCGGAGUUUUACUAAGAUCAGUUCUUAGUUUUGUCUCCAGAGUGGCUGGUAUCUUAUUCCAAUCUGGCACGCUUAUCAGUUUCCUGCAGACAUCUCUCACAAAACAGACAUAGAUUCUAACAGUCCUCAAAUAUAAUGAUUAGUAUUUAUUUAGGUUAUUAUUUUAAUUCUAUCACUAUUUCUUGGUGAAACAAUUCUGAUUGAGUUCUUGGAAACCUUUUUUUCUUCUACUCCUUUAAACAUGGAAGCUGGGAUUAUUCCAGGAUUUUUCCAGGAUUAUCAUGUUUUUCUGUUUUUUUCCAGUCAAAGCUUCAUACUGAAUAUCAAGAUGAUUUUUCCCUUUCAUUCAUCAGAUUUAAUUAAAAUAUUUAUCAGUUUUUAUCAAUCACUGAACAUUUUCUGUUUCUAUCGGCUCCUAUUUUUCUAAAUACGUCAGAUUUAAAUAUUAAAUCUUCCUUUUGUGUUUUUGCUGCAGUU